AUGCUCCAAAAAGCACGGUCCCUCCUAAAUCGAUCAUCGACAUCUUUUCAAGUUCUCUCCGAUCUGCAUCUCGAGCUCAACUCGCAGUAUGCGUCGUAUGACAUCCCCGUUUGCGCGGACCAUCUGAUUCUCGCAGGCGAUAUCGGCCGCCUAGCAGACUAUGACGCAUAUCGACAAUUUCUCCAAAAACAAACAGACCGCUUCAAGCAGGUAUUCCUGAUCCUCGGGAACCACGAGUUCUACAACGGGACUUUCGCAGCCGGGCUGGAAAAAGCCAACCAACUUGAACAGGAACCGUGCUUCAACGGCCGGUUAAUCGUGCUUCAGCAGAGACGAUACGAUAUCCCGGAUUCAGCUGUGACUAUCCUCGGCUGCACGCUUUGGUCACAUGUGCCCCAUGCAUCGAGAGAUAUCGUGCGCGAAAAGAUCAGGGAUUUGCGAAGCAUUGAAGGCUGGUCGAUUGAUCAGCAUAAUGCGAACUAUGAGUCUGAUCUCGCCUGGCUGCUGAAUGAGAUGAAGGCUGUACGCCGGGAAAAUGGAGAUGUGGAAAGGCAGAGGUCUGUUCUUGUUGUUACGCAUCAUGCGCCGCUGCUGAGGGGGACGUCGAGUCCGCGGCAUGCGAGCAAUCCUUGGGGUGUGGCCUUCGCUACUGAUGUCCUAUCUCAGAUACCGCUGGAUGGGGUGAAGGUCUGGGUGUUUGGGCAUACGCACUAUUCCACUGACUUCAAGGAGGGGGCCACAAGAGUUGUGAGUAAUCAACGGGGUUAUGUGCAGCCUUGGAGGAAUUCGGGGGAUGAUACACUGGAUGGAUUUAAUGAGAGGAAGGUUAUACAUAUCCCUCUCUCAGAAUCAACACCAACUCACACUCUUUGGCAAAAGAUGACCCCCAAAAUCGGCCUCAUCAUCUGCAGCCAGCGCACUCCUCGCGCUGGUCUCCACAUCGGAACUACCAUUCUAGACGACCUCCAAAGCGCCGACAGUGUCCGCGAAAACGCGGUCACACUCUCACUCAUUGAUCUGGCAGAGUGGAAUCUCCCUAUGUAUAACGAACCAGGCAUCCCCUCUCAGAUCCAUUCAUCCGACCAAUAUCUCCAUCCGCAUACGCGGAGAUGGUCCGAAGAGAUCGCUUCGUAUGCAGCGUUUGUGUUCGUCACUCCACAGUACAACUGGGGGUAUCCUGCUAGUAUCAAGAAUGCGAUUGACUACCUGUACCAUGAAUGGAAAGGGAAGCCCGCCAUGAUUGUUAGUUAUGGUGGACAUGGAGGUGGGAAGGCGGCGGAGCAGUUGAAGCAGGUGUUGUGUGGUGUUCGCAUGAGACCGGUUGAGCGGACGGUUGGAUUGACCUUUCCUAGUAAAGAUGCCUUGAUGGCUGCUGCGGAGGGGCGGGAAUUGGAUCUGUCUUUCUGGAAAGGGGAGAGGAGAGAAGUAGUGGAGGUUUUUGGGGAGAUGGUGAAGUUGCUGGAUGGAGCUUGA